AUGUUGGUUAAAGUCGCGUAUCCAGAGUUCAUUCUCGACAGCAAGAAAUUGGAUAACUACUAUGACAACUUUUCCGUGAAAGAACGGGAUUCGUACAGCCAGAUGGUAGAGAAACUGUUACGAUGGGAGAUAGUAUUCGAUUUGAAGCGCCUUCUCGAACCUGUCGAUCGAACUGAGUUUGACUUUAGUCCUGCUGAAGUCAACGCCUUCAACGAACCCGAAUCCAACGCGAUAGGACUUCCUGCCGCUGUUCUACAAGCGCCAUUCUUCCAUCAGUCUUUUCCGAGAGCGAUCAACUACGGAGGUCUUGGAGCUACGAUUGGGCACGAAAUCACUCACGGAUUUGAUGAUCUAGGUAAGCAAUUUGAUGCGUUUGGUAACCUUCGCGAUUGGUGGAACGCGAACACUACGCAAAAGUUCGGGAACGAGCACAGUGUAUCAUCGAUCAAUAUGGGAGGAUUGAGGUUCGUGCCAGGUACUGCUCUAAAUCUGAAUGGUAAACUCACUCAGGGAGAGAACAUUGCCGACAAUGGAGGAUUGAAGCUAGCAUACAAGGCUUAUAAGAAAUAUCUGGAGGUACACGGAAGAGAGAAGCGGAUCAAAGGACUGGAAGAGUACGAUAACGACAAAAUGUUUUUCAUUGGAUAUGCUACGAGCUCUUGUGGCCACUCAACGCAAGAUCAACUUAUAGACCAGAUUCUCACCGAUCCUCAUUCUCCAAAUCGAUAUCGGUAA